AUGCCAUUUGCCCGGCAACAAGACAGUCGACAAGAUCUAGAUGACGCAAGGCGUCAUUCGUUUCCUGCGUCAUCUCUAUCCGAUCAGCUUCUUCAAGCUCAAGCUCAACAGCUCCAUGCUGCCGGCCUCUCCACCUCUUUCACCGUGGAUGACGCCGGCCAGUCUACCAUGACCAACAACACAUAUCAACCUCGUAGUCCCUUGCCCAAUGUAUUUGGCGAGACAGCCAUCUUCGCUCAUUUCAACGGCGACUAUCAGCCACACAGCAAUGGCCGAUCCACGCAACAACAUCACCAAUCCGAACUUGGUGCCGAUGCUCUUUAUCUACAGCAUUUUGGUACUGCACAACCACAUUCGCUCACACCAUCCAAUCCUUGGACUUCGAUGCAGAAUGGCUCCAGUCCAACGCAAGCUCAAGGCUCACUAGUUUCCAACAGCCUUCCCGCUUCUGAGCUGUCACAAAGUCAGGCGCCCUCUACAUCGACUUCCGACGCCUUUACAUCGCCGUCUUUCGACUUUACUCAACUGCCCAGUCUAUCCAGUACCUCGCAAGACACGCACAACUACUAUACACACUACCUCGACCCUCACCACGUCGAGCCGUCAUCGAUUCCACCUCUUCUGUCCUCGAAGCAAACAAAUGGAGACUCAGACACAUUUGAUGCUUUCGCAUCGGUCAUGCAGGCCUCUUCUCUUCCAGUACCUGAUUCCGACUUUGGCGACAUGGUCGGCUCCUCUAUCGGCUCCCCUGGUUCGGAAGCUUUGAGCGUACACUCGGGCGACAAGAAGAAGUCAGCACGUCGCCAAGGUGUCACUUGCGAUCAAUGCCGCACUAAGCAUCUUCGAUGUGAUCUCGAUGAUCGUCGCGCCGAGGCCGUACAAAGUUCGUCACCAGAGACGGCCGAGACCGUCUUACUCGAGAUGCAGAGAAGCACUAGCACAUGCACUGCGGUUCACCACAUCCGCUGCACACGCUGUCAAGAGAAGGGCUUUGUCUGUACCAAGACCCAUGCUCCUCCUUCACGCAGAUAUCCGCGUCCCAGCCGUUCCGGCAAGCGAAUUGAACAGGCUCGCAUGAUCCACGGUGCUUCCGCCAAUCAUGCGACCCUCCCAAGGCAUGCUGUGGAGCGAACCAAUGCCUCUACCAUCCUGAUUCGCGCUCUCACCGAGCUCAGAGGUGCCGAAGUUCGCAUUACCGAUCGUGUCAUGGCCGGCUCUCUCUCACUACAGCUCCUCAACUGCUUCUUUGCCGUCUGUCACAUGCAAGCACCAGUGAUAGACUUUGCGCACUUCAGCAAGACCUUCAACUUGGCUAAUGGCGAUCCCCGCAAGAUGUCCAUCAUGUCCAAUGGUGGAUCCGCUGCUGAGAACUUGCCAUCCCACAUCCCUGAAGUUCAGGGACUUUCCUCGCUCACAUGGUCCGAGACCAAGGAAAGCAAGAUUGGCACUCCAGGCAGCACCGAGACUCUGCUCGCUGUGCUUCAUGCUUGGGCCGCCCACUACACAGACGCUCCGAUUGCUUUCGGCCCGGAGUUCAAGGAUCUCGAUGCAACCCAGAAUCGCUUGCUUGAGGUCGACGACAAUGGUCUAAUUCAACCUGCUUCCUCAUUCGAGGGCCGAGAUGCAGACGGCAGCAAGUCUGGUCUCAAGCGUCCAAAACGCAAGCAAGGUGUUGCUUGCGACACAUGUCGACUGCGCCGUGUCAGAUGCGACGUCACAGAAAGGCCUGAUGGAAUGGGCUGCAGUCGAUGUGAGGACAAGCGAAUAAAAUGUACCAAUUCGUAUAUCCAGAGCAGGCGUGCCAAGUUGGCGGCAAAGGGCGCCAAGGGUUCUAAGAGCAACGACAUCAUCUCGUUCGAGGCACCUGACAACUUGUCCGAUUCUUCUGCGGUCGAGACCAACCGCCUCAGCCCACGCUCGUGGAUCAGCUCGCGCAGUGACGCUAUCAUUCGAUCCUAUCGUCCCGGCGACAUUGAACACAAUCUUCGUCGUGGCAAAGCUCGAAAGGCCUUCUGCCACGCGCUCUUGAAUCAUGCUCUAUCAUUGGUGCACAAGUACGAUCUUCUCAAGAAGCCUAGUGUCGAAAGCCUCCAGAUCCUGUGCCUGCUCGCCCCUCUGCUUGACAGUGUCGAUGGCGUGCAGGCGCACUUCUUUGCUGACACUGCCUGUCAACAUGCCGGCAAGCUUGGCAUGUCUACCAAGCUUGUGGUUGACGAGACGGAUCGACGUGCAGUAGAACAUAUGCUCAGCACCAUGCAGUCCCAUCGUCUUUUUCUCACUACUUGGUGCCGCGAUUCGGUCGCUUCAGGACUCAAUCGACGCAAACCUUUCUUUAAGGAGGAUCGCGCGAUCGAGGUGGUCGGUCAGGCUUCGUUCCGCAAAGACUCUCUUCCUGUUGAUUCUCCACCACAGGGUGAAGUGGUGCUUUCGGGCGAGAUGGGCCUUACAUUUGUCAUCAUGACCAUGGUGCAGAUUGGCGCUCUGUCUCGCUUCUUGGCACAACACAUCGAUUCUGCUGAUGGCUUCAAGCCAUCCAUUCCUCCGUGGCAGCGACCGAUGGGUGCCUCGAUGGCGCCUAUCCCUCGCGCCGCAAGGUUUUCGUCCAGGCCAACACUGGCCGAGGUGCGAAAGCUAGAACGGGCAUGCGGAGCCGUCUGGAACAGCCUCGACUCGCUGAUGCUCUUCUUUGAUCGUUGCGCAUCCAAAGCAUGGUCUACGAUGAACAGCCUCCAGCCUUUCAGGCCACUAGGCUGGAUUGCAAGUACCAAAGUCUGCGGCUCGCUUCUUUAUCUUGCCCUAUUCCGCGCUCUUGGCGAGCGACAUCGUGCCAAUGCUGCCUUCAUGGCGACACUCCGCCACUCUCUUGGUGGCCAAAGCGCUAUGUCCGAAGAAGACAAGGUCGUCUCAGCCUCGCUCAAAGCUCUUUUCGACAAGAGCAUGCAACGGGCCAUCGUGUCUUGCCGGAAGACAGCUCGUUUUGUCGGUAUCCUUCUUCCCUUGGGCAUCUUGCAGACCGGUGGCCCGAUUCUUAAGCAGAUCUUCCCCGUUGCGCAGUUUCUUGCCAAGAUUCCUAGCGUCUCGGACGAGCAAGUUGCCAAUCGCAUGAGCGGACGACCAGCCUCCGCAGGUAGUCAUUCGCAAUCAGACGUGUCAAGCUUUAUCGAUCCUCAGGCCCUGCAACAGCGCGGACUCGUCGAGAGCUUUGCUUCGCACGAAGAACAGCGGGAGAAGGUUGAAGACAUCCAGUCGGCAGUCCAAGGCAAGGACGGAUCCGGCUCUGCUUAUCUGGAGGUUCUUCGUCAGCUCGAAGGUAUGCACAAGCUCAACCUUGGUCCCUAUACCCACAGAUCCAAGAAGCGCGAGGUGGAUUUCCUCAUCGAAGGCCUUUCGCAGUUGGGCUAUGCCUGGGACACGAUGGACCGCGAGAUCAGCGUCAUCCAGGACUUGCUCCAAGCCGCCAACUCUACCUGA